AUGAUUGAAAAGAGUUUACAAAGGUUGGCAUUCAAAAGAGCCUUCACAACGACCCCAAUAAGGUCUGUCCAUUUUGCGGAAGGUGUCUAUUCAAAUUUACCGUUCAAAGUACUAAAUAGAAAGAUCCCAUACGGUGUAAUACAUUUUGGGUUCUUUGGUCUGGGAUUUGCAGUACCCUUUCUGAUUGGGUUUGUUCAAAUGAAAAAGUCUGGAAAUAUUUAG